CGAUUUAGCCUAUUCUCCGUAUCAUGUAGUUUCUCGUUCUCUUGCCACGUAGUUAGCGCUUGUGUAUUUGUCGCGGUCGGCGUUGGAACUAAUUCAUCAGCGCGUAAAUUGAGCGCAGUUUGGAACGGAUCGAUAAAUUAACAUUCAAUUAUUUAAUUCAACUUUACGAAUAUUUAGAACAAAUUUUCGCAUAUUAUGUUACCAAAUUUUUCACAAUAAGUCGCACGUAAAAUUUUUCCAAUACCAGGGUCGUCGCAAACGUGAAAAUUUCUACGGAGCCAAAGAAUUCUAUUAAAUACCCUGAAAUUUAAUCCCAUUCUAAAGUCAAGCCACUCAAUUUGAGUCAAUCAUCCUAUGAAAUAAAGAGGGACCUGAGAACUAGAUUUCUGUUCAUAGGGAGUAAUACAUUUGUAUUGUGUUCAAAAAAUGCUGUCUGCAAAUCAAUAUUAAUAUUAUAAUUGCGAAUAACAAAGUAAAUUGUGUAAAGUUGAAAUUUAAAACAGUAUUACAGGGUGCUAUUGGACUUUGUUCAUUCAAUGGUUCCCAAAUAAUUUCAUAUCUCACUUAACUUGAUAAGCAUUUUCUUAUUGCUAAAAGAAAUUUAGAAUUGUUUAAGUUGGAAUGUGAUAAUUUUGACGUAUUGAAACUGUAAAUUUCUAUACUUUGAAACAAUCUGAGAGAAAUCAUCUCUUUGUUCCUGAAAACUGGUUAAACUUGAGAAUCUGGAAAAAAAAUUUUUGCAACAACCCUAGGUUACAGGGAUAUCACGUAGUGGUCGCGUGCGUAAAAAGUCCUCUAAACUUAUGGACUUUGAGUCUCCUGAUGACAUAGCUGACAAUAAAUACAAACGACAAAAAGCCCAACAGUUACACGCACAGCAUUUGCUAGAGCGUUAUGAGGCACAUCGUCAGCAAGUUACUCAAAGUCAUUCAUCUCAGCAUGGAGACGCCCCUGUUCAACGGCAACGCAAAAACUCUGGAUCCCACAUCGGCAGAGUUAAGGCUGAGCCGUUGUCCGAAAAUGAAGGACACUCCUCUGGCUCUUAUUCUGAAGAUGAUACGGCAAUGAACGAAGAGGAAAGAUAUAGCUUAGAAUCUGGUAGUGAUGAUGAAGUGGAUCCCUUAUUGAUUGAUGAUAGAGAAACUGGAUUCAGGAGACUUGAACCACCCGGUCAGGAAGCUCCCUCACAGGCAAAUAGUUUGUACAUGCUUGAGAAGUGCAAGAAGAAAUUAAUUAUCAAGGAUGGUAAGAUUAUUGGCAGAAUGAAGGCUCAACGAAAGGAUAAGGGUAAAACACGCUUCACAGCCUAUAUGCUGUGGGCAAAAGAGAUUAGACACGAAUUAAUGAAGCAAUAUCCUGAAAUGGAUUUUGCAACUAUUUCAAAGCGUCUUGGUGAAUUAUGGGCAACUGUGCCAAACUUGGAAAAGUACAAUUGGAGAAGACGGGCGAAACGUCUAGCGUCAAAGCCCAGCGCAGCAAUCGCAGUCAAAGAUGAAUCAGUAUGGAAAAUGCCUCCACCUUCAUCGAAAAAGAAAUUCAUUAACAAAAUUGGAAACGGUAAAGAAACAAAACCUUCCCCUUCAAAAAAGACAAUACAGCUUGGAGUACCUUCCGUGGUGGGAAAUAUUCCAGUUUCACCACCAUCUAAUCGUGGUGGUAAAGAUCUAGUAAAUGAGCCAGUCAUUGGAACAGGAAUGUACAAAGUGAUAGGAAUGCAGCCUGUGGAUGUAGCUGCUCAUUUGAAAUUGCUUGGUGAAAGUCUGACGAUAAUUGGUGAACGAUUAAAAGAACACGAGGGCCAAAUAGCGGUUUCAGGUAGUCUUUCGGUUCUGUUAGACUCACUACUCUGUGCUCUUGGUCCAUUAAUCUGUCUUACGCAACAAGUCCCAGAGACAGAUGGUGCAAAACCUCAAACACUUUCUCGAAUGCUUGACAAUAUUGCGUACAUCAUGCCCGGUCUGUAGGCAUAGUGUCACUAAUGCAAAGAAGUGAAAAUACAGCAUUGUAUUAUGAAAAAUAUAGCUUUUAUCGAAUUAAAUUGUUUGAUACUUGUGCUUAUGAGACGUCAUACAAUAAAUAUAUGCUAUGCUGAAGUUAA